UGGAUGUCUUGUGGUUUGGAGGUUGUACACUCGGUUUUGACCUCACACGGUCCUUUCUGUGACCUGAUAUUGAGCCUCAAGGCUUCCAGUGUCAGUAACGCAUCAGACAAAGUGGAUCAGUGCACGGACAGAAGCGUGAAGACGGUGUUUUGUCGUGACACCCGCAGCUUGUCCCUGGGUGUCGCCUCUUUAACCGGGUCAGAUUUAUUGUAGCAACGGCCCCCCUAGCAACGCACCGGGUCCAUGGAGACUACCUGUGUGUGUGUGUGAAGGAAUUCAAGGCUACACGGGACAGAUAACAGAGAAAAGACACACGGAGCAUUAAUUAAACGUGACAUUUAUGAGUUUUAUGGACUUGUUUGACAUCGUUGUUGUUGUGAGGUGAAUAUGGGAUGCAGCAGCUCCACCAACUCAACGGUCGAACCGUUGACACCGGAAGAUGUGAACGGAGACGAGGAUGAGACAGGAAGUAAACUCGAUGGCCGUGGAGACUCGGCCGUGUCAAAGGGCACCACAGACAGCGGGGUGGUCAUGGAGCACAGAGAGAUCCCUCCGUUACCUGGAGUAGUGCCCACAAAACUCCCUCCUCUAACGAGCGUCAGAGAAAGUGAGACGGACAGGCUUACACAAGAUGGCUUGCGCCAAAACUCCAGCGAGAUCCUGAAAGAGCUGCUGAGCGAGGGCAUCAUCCCAGUGGGACCAGCCGGAGAGAGGGGCCCCGGGGGUGGAGAGUCAUAUUGCAUCAUGCUGAAUGACUCAGAGGGGGUCAGACGCAGACCUCCUGCCAGACUGGAGUCCCUGAAGGCCAGCAAGAUGCAAAAUCUCCCCAGCAAAGAAGAGAUCGAGGAGAAAAUAAGACUAGCUGAGGAAAGACGCAAGUUAAAAGAGGACGAGCUCAAGACGCGUCUGAGAGCCAAGUCAGCUCGUGUACGUAGCCGAGCCACCACCUCCAGUGCAGAGGAGGACGCAGCCCUCACACCCGUGGUGCCACUACAGUCCUCUCUCUCACCAGACCACACAGAUCCACCGCCUCACAGCCAGGUCCUACGUGAGGAAGCCGAGGGCGGCGAGAAUAGAGGUGACGGCGAGGAGUGUAAAAAAGAAAUGGGCAGUGCAGAUAGGAGAGAAGGGAGAGUGGAGGGAAGGGGAAGUGUAGAUAACAGAGGGAAUGGAGGGGCAGAAAGGGUAAGUGAGGACGGUGCUGGGGAAAAGGAGGAGUUGACUCAGGUAGAGGAGCUUGAGAAGGAUCAGUUCCUCUCAGCCUCAGGGGAGCUGGAGAAUGAUUCUAGCUUUCAACGUGCAGAGGACAAAGAGGAGAUGUUUUAAUUUAUUACACUAAUGAGCCAGCAAUAAGUUAGAUAAAAGAGAGCAGGGGAGGGAGCCAAAGUAAUUCCUUUUGCACAGACGAGAGGCCUGAUGAAACUUGUUAAAGCUGUAUGCGGUAUGUAUUGUUUUGGAACAACAGAUUGACUCUACAGUCAAGACUAUUGUUUUUAUUUCCACUGCAGGGAGGAAAUUGUUAGUAAUAUUGUAGCUCGGUGAUAAUCACACAGGAAUAUGAGGGUUUGAUUUCCAAUGCAAUAUAAUUUACCUCAGUUAUUACUUUAACAAACACAACCAAGGCUUAAUGUUCUUGCCAAUGUACAAAAUGAAUUUAAAUGACGGUUUAGUUUUGCAUUUAAAUGUCUCAUUUCAAGGUGAAGUUUGUACUCUGUGCAGUUAUUCUGUUGGACAAAAGAUGGCGCUGUUUCAGUGAGUUAAAGUUGUAGCACAGCUCCUUGAAGUCAGUUCACCUCAUCCUUUAAGAUGAGUUACUGUGAGGAUGUUUUGACAGCAUGUGAAGAAGAUGCCUCAUGCGUAAAGAUGUGCGAGGAGGUGAUGUUAUUGGUCAAUAAAGUUCACAUUUUUCCCUAAA